UGGCCAUUUGCUACUAGUGAUCUUUACAAUUGGCGUGCCCAAAAUGCCCCCUUUUCUGAGAAACCUCGGGACUUAAUUCGCUUGUUUGAAACUAUACUUUUCACUCACCAGCCCACUUGGGAUGAUUGUAGCCAGCUUUUACAGGUACUUUUCACCAAUGAGGAGAGAGGUCGUAUUCAAGAAGCGGCCCGGAGACUUAUCCCUGGCCCCAACGGAGCACCCAUCACAGAUCCUGCCUUGAUUGAUACCUAUUUUCCCCAGACCCGACCAGCAUGGGACUACAAUACGGCUGAAGGUAGGGAGCGACUCCUUGUCUAUCGCCAGGCUCUGCUGGCAGGUCUCAAGGCGGCGGCUCGCCGACCUACAAAUAUGGCCAAAGUUUAUGAUAUCAGACAGGGAGAAAGUGAAAGUCCGGCAGCAUACCUUGAGCGUCUUAUGGAAGCCUUUAGUCAAUACACCCCAUAUGAUCUUGAGACCCAGGAAUCUGCUCAGAUGAUUAUGUUUGCCUACGUAAAUCAAGCCGCACCGGAUAUAAAGCGGAAAUUGCAGGCUCUAGACAGGCUUGGGGAAAAAUCUAUUAGGGAUCUAGUAGCAGUGGCGGAAAAGGUUUAUAAUAAGAGAGAAACAGGAGAACGAAGACAGGAAAGGAGUCUGGCUAGGAUUUUGGAACAACAACAGAAGGAACUCAGGGAAAUCCUGACCUCUAUGCAGGCAGGAAACUUUAGACAGUCCUCCUCUCCAAGUAAGGAGCAAAAGCCCAAACCACAACCAAGGAUGGGGAAGAAUCAAUGUGCUUAUUGCAAGAAGGAGGGGCAUUGGAUCAGAAACUGCCCAGAGCUAGCCCAGGAAAAGGAGGAAAAACAUAAAGUAGGAUCAAGAGUGUUGUCAACCUUAGAGAUGGCUGAGGACAGUGACUGAGGGAGUCGGGGUUCAGAUCCCCUCCCUGAGCCCAGGAUAACAUUAAAAGUGGAGGGGAAUCCAGUCAUGUUCAUGGUAGAUACGGGAGCAGAAAAUUCAGUAUUACUAGCCCCGAGAGGGCCGAUGUCCACUAAAACAACAUGGGUCCAAGGUGCAACGGGCACUAAACCCUAUAAAUGGACUACUCAAAGAACAGUGGACUUGGGAGCGGGCCAGGUAACCCACUCGUUUUUAGUCAUCCCUGACUGCCCCUAUCCAUUGCUUGGACGUGAUCUCUUAACGAAAAUGAAAGCUCAGAUACAGUUCACAGACAGUGGGAUUUCUGUGACGAACUCAAGAGAAAAGCCUGUUAGUAUACUAAUAACUAGCAAGUUAGAAGAAGAGUAUAGGCUAUACCAGCAUCUCAAGCCCGAGUCUCCAGAAAAUGAGUGGCUACGGGCGUUUCCCCAAGCAUGGGCAGAAACUGGGGGAAUGGGACUGGCAAAACAUCGUCCUCCAAUUUUUGUGGAACUUAAAGCCGGAGCUGACCCAGUAAGAGUUUGCCAGUACCCUAUGUCACUAGAAGCAAAGAAAGGGAUCACUCCUCACAUCAGAAAAUUAUUAGAUUUAGGAGUUCUGAAGCCCACCCAGUCAGCCUGGAAUACUCCAUUAUUGCCUAUAAAAAAGUCUAAUUCCAAUGAUUAUAGACCAGUGCAAGACUUGAGAGAAGUUAACAAGAGAGUAAUGGACAUUCAUCCAACAGUCCCAAACCCAUAUACCCUGCUGAGCUCCCUGUCACCGAGCCAUGUGUGGUAUACUGUGUUGGAUCUAAAGGAUGCUUUCUUUAGCCUGCCCUUAGCCUCACAGAGCCAAAGCUACUUUGCAUUUACUUGGCACGAUCCUGAAAUCGGGAUAAGCGGUCAAUUGACCUGGACCAGGCUGCCUCAAGGAUUUAAGAAUUCGCCUACAAUCUUUGAUGAGGCGUUACAUGAAGACCUAAGUGAGUACCGCUCCCAAAAUACUGAAAUAAGUCUAUUGCAAUAUGUAGAUGAUUUGUUAAUAGCUGCUCCAGACAAGGAUAGUUGUUUAAAGGGAACAGCUAGGCUCUUAAAGACUCUUGGCAAUUUGGGCUAUAGGGCCUCCACUAAAAAGGCACAAAUUUGUAAACCUGAAGUCACCUAUCUGGGCUUCAUAUUAAAAGAGGGCAAGCGUUGGCUGUCAGAUGCACGUAAAGAGACUGUGCUAAAAAUUCCUGUGCCUAAGUCAGCGAGACAAGUCAGAGAAUUCCUGGGAACGGCGGGUUUUUGCCGGCUGUGGAUACCUGGGUUCGCUGAGAUGGCCAAGCCUUUAUAUGAAGCCACCAAAAACCUCCCAGAAUUUCAUUGGACUGAGCAGAUGCAAAAAGCCUUUGAGGCAAUCAAGAAAAGCCUUCUAGAAGCCCCAGCCUUAGGCCUACCUGACGUGAAUAAACCAUUCACAUUGUUUGUGGCCGAAAAGAAAGGAAUAGCAAAAGGGGUGCUCACCCAGCCAAUUGGGCCCUGGAGACGACCGGUCGCCUAUUUGUCAAAGAAAUUGGAUCCUGUCGCCGCUGGGUGGCCUCCGUGCUUAAGAAUAAUAGCUGCAGUAGCCCUCUUGGUAAAAGAUGCAGAUAAGUUGACUCUGGGACAGAAUCUGACUGUAGCCACUCCACAUGCUCUAGAGGGGGUGCUAAAACAACCACCUGACCGAUGGAUGAGCAAUGCCCGCAUGGUCCAUUACCAAACGUUGUUACUUAACCCGGCACGUAUCAGCUUCUGUGUACCAACAGCAUUAAACCCAGCAACUCUGCUGCCGGAUCCGGAUCUGGAAGCGCCCCUGCAUGAUUGUGACCAGAUCCUGGCCCAAACACAUAGCCUCCGGCCAGACUUGCUGGAUUUGCCGCUAUCACAUGCCGAGCACACCUGGUUCACCGAUGGCAGCAGCUUCAUUCGAGAUGGAAAAAGGUAUGCGGGUGCGGCGGUUACUACGGACACUGAGAUAUUGUGGGCAGAGGCACUCCCUCAGGGGACUUCUGCACAAAGAGCAGAACUAGUGGCACUAACAAAAGCUUUACAGAUGGGAAAAGGAAUGAGACUAAAUAUCUAUACGGACAGCCGGUACGCUUUUGCCACUGUACACAUCCAUGGAGCCAUUUACCAAGAAAGGGGGCUACUGACAGCUGAAGGAAAGGCCAUUAAAAACAGACAGGAGAUUUUAAGCCUCAUCCGGGCCCUAUGGGAACCAGCAAAGAUUGCCAUUAUGCAUUGCCCGAGUCAUCAAAAGGGAGUUGAUUCGGUGACUAGAGGGAAUAAUCUGGCUGACCAGGCAGCUAAGGAAGCAGCCCUCCAUCCCAGAGCAGAAGUAUUGACUGUAGUAGACCCAGGACCACGAGCUUUGCCUCCUGUACCCCAGUAUUCCCAGGAAGACUUGGAGUGGAUAAAAAAAAAUUCCCAUGACCCACAAAACCCUGGACAGGAAGGAAACGAUGACUGGUGGAAAACUGGUGAAGGGAAACUUAUCUUGCCACAAAGGCUAGGUAAGGGGAUCCUUAAAAGAAUCCACCGAGCUUCUCACAUGGGAACCCGAAGAAUGCAGGACUUGCUCCGACAUUCCAAAGUAAAAAUUAGACAAGGAGAUCAACUUAUUGAAAAUAUUGUUAAAAAUUGCAAGGCCUGUCAGCUUACCAAUGCCCCCAAUCAACAAGUUACUAAAGGAGCUCGCUUCCGUGGGGAUAGGCCAGGCGUGUAUUGGGAAGUAGAUUUCACAAAAAUCAAACCUGGAAAAUUUGGAUACAAAUAUUUGCUAGUUUUUGUAGACACCUUUUCAGGAUGGGUGGAAGCCUAUCCAACAAAGCAUGAAACUGCGAAUAUAGUGGCUAAGAAGAUCCUGGAAGAAAUCCUACCCAGGUAUGGCUUCCCAUCCACCAUUGGGUCGGACAACGGACCGGCUUUCGUUUCAAAAGUAAGUCAGGGAAUAGCCGCUGCACUGGGGACAGAUUGGAAAUUGCAUUGUGCUUGUAGACCCCAGAGUUCAGGACAGGUAGAGAGAAUGAAUCGGACUCUAAAAGAGACCUUAACUAAAUUGGCCUUAGAGACUGGCGCAGACUGGGUGUCACUCCUUCCUUUUCCUCUACUUAGGGUAAGAAAUUCUCCCUAUCAACUUGGCUUUACUCCUUUUGAAAUAAUGUACGGGUACCCUCCGCCCAUUAUCCCUAGCCUUCAGACUGAAUUGCUCACUGAUUUGGAUGAUAUUGAAUUUUUGUGUAAACUUGAUUAUUUGCAGCUCGUGCACAAGAAAAUGUGGCCCCAACUCAAGGCAUUAUAUGAUUCUGCUUCUGUCCCUAUCCCCCAUUUAUUCAGGCCAGGAGAUUGGGUGUUCGUCCGGAGGCAUAACUCCAAAUCCUUAGAACCACGAUGGAAGGGACCCUACGUGGUGCUACUGACUACUCCCACGGCCCUUAAAGUAGAUGGCGUCACCACUUGGGUCCAUUGCUCCCACGCCAGGUAUUUGGGGGAUGUAAGCAGCCCUUGCCAAGGAGUGAUGGAACUCCAGGAGGCACCCUGGGCCCAUACUCUUAUGCUGUUAGAAAAAUCCUAUGCAAAACUCUUCUCUUCUACAGCCUUUUCUGCACCACAUCCAUCAGCAUGUGGGCAGAUUGCCUUGUCAUGUACCCUUCAAACCCAGUCUUGUCACCUGGUAAAGUGGCUGACACCUUUGCCUGUUUUGUUGUCCAUGCUCAAAUUCAUUGAUAUGCUAAAAAUUUUAAUGUGGUCCUACAUCAUCGUUGUCAGCCCGCGUCGGGGCCGCAGUCAGUCCGCAGCUCACGGGUCACAUGGCCUGCCGGAACGAGGGGAUCCCUGCGCUGGAGCCGCGCUGCGGGCGGAGGUGAGGCUCCGGCGCGCAGCCUACCCGUGCCGCGCCCGCUCCUCCCGGAUCCCAGAUGCCCGAGCCCGGCGUCCGGCCAUGGCGCUUUCCCGGCCAUCAGCCAGCUAG